AUUUUGUUUUGUAUGAAAACCCUAAGAUGGCGGCGGGGGAGAGGCACUGAAGGUUGCCGCUGCCGCCUCCAGAGGCCGGGGUCUCCGUCGUUAGGUUCCCCGUCCCUCUCUCGCGCCCCCGCCCCGGGCCGCGCGGCGGGGCAGGCGGAGCAGCCGCCCCAUGGCCAGGGGGGGCCCGGGCCGCUCGCCGUGGCCAUGGACCUGCGCUCGGCCGUCUACAACGCGGCCCGCGACGGGAAGCUGAAGCUGCUGCAGAAGCUGCUGGGCAGCCGGAGCCGGGAGGAGCUGGAGGCCCUGACGGCCGGGCCGGGCGGCGGGGGGACCCCGCUGCUGAUCGCCGCCCGCCACGGGCACCGGGAGGUGGUGGAGUUCCUGCUGGACCACUGCGGCGCCCGGGUGGAGGAGGGCGGCUCGGUCAGCUUCGACGGCGAGACCAUCGAGGGGGCCCCGCCGCUGUGGGCCGCCUCGGCCGCCGGGCACCUGGCGGUGGUGCGCUGCCUGCUGGAGCGGGGGGCCUCGGUGAACCAGACCACGCUGACCAACUCCACCCCGCUGCGGGCCGCCUGCUUCGACGGGCACCUGGAGAUCGUGCGCUACCUGGUGGGCGAGCGGGGGGCCGACCUGGAGGUGGCCAACCGGCACGGGCACACCUGCCUGAUGAUCUCCUGCUACAAGGGGCACCGAGAGAUCGCCUGCUACCUGCUGGAGAAGGGGGCGGACGUCAACCGCCGCAGCGUGAAGGGCAACACCGCCCUGCACGACUGCGCCGAGUCCGGGAGCCUGGAGAUCCUGCAGCUGCUGCUCCGCUCCAAAGCCCGCAUGGAGAGAGAUGGUUACGGCAUGACCCCGCUGCUGGCCGCCAGCGUCACUGGGCACACCAACAUCGUGGAGUACCUCAUCCAAGGAGGGCUGCAAAACGAGGAGGGGGACGAGGCCGGGGACUGCGCUGCAAGGGGGUGGCAACAGAGGGGUUGCACUACUGGCCAGGAAACGCAUCCGUGCUGCCCCGAGGAAGUGCAGCGUGAGGGCCAGAAGGGAUGCGGUGCCACUAGCCAGGGUGAACAGCAGGGCCCUUAUGAGCGCUGCAGUCGAGGGGCUGCUGUAGAAGCCCUGGAGCUGCUGGGAGCCACCUUCGUGGAUAAGAAGCGUGACCUGCUGGGGGCUCUCAAGUACUGGCGAAGGGCCAUGGAGCUUCGGCACCAGGGGGGGCAGUACCUGACCAAGCCUGAGCCCCGGCAGCUGGUGCUGGCUUAUGACUACUCCCGGGAGGUGAGCACCCUGGAGGAACUAGAAGCCCUGAUCACUGACCCGGAUGAGAUGCGCAUGCAGGCGCUUCUGAUCCGAGAGCGCAUCCUGGGCCCCUCUCAUCCGGACACCUCCUAUUACAUCCGUUACCGGGGGGCGGUCUAUGCCGACUCAGGCAACUUUGAACGCUGUAUUAACCUGUGGAAAUAUGCCCUGGACAUGCAGCAAGGCAACCUGGAGCCCCUCAGCCCCAUGACUGCCAGCAGCUUCCUUUCUUUUGCUGAGCUCUUCUCCUAUGUGCUUCAGGACCGCUCCAAGGGCACCUUAGCUACCCAGCUGGGCUUCUCCGACCUCAUGGGUGUGCUGAGCAAAGGGGUCCGGGAGGUAGAGCGGGCGCUUCUGCUUCACAAGGACCCAGUGGCCGACUCUGCACAGUUCACCAAGGCACUAGCCAUCAUCCUCCAUCUGGUCUUCCUGCUGGAGAAGGUGGAAUGCACCCCUGAGCAGGAGCACCAGAAGCGCCAGACCAUCUACUGCCUGCUCAAGUGCAGUCCCAGGGCCAAGAACGGGUUCACACCCUUGCACAUGGCUGUGGACAAGGACACCACCACAGUGGGGCGCUACCCAGUGGGCAAGUUCCCGUCGCUCCAUGUUGUGAACCUGCUGCUGGAGUGUGGGGCUGACCCAGACAGCCGUGACUAUGACAACAACACCCCGCUGCACAUCGCUGCCCAGAACAACUGCCCACUGAUCAUGAGUGCCCUGAUGGAGGCCGGGGCCCACAUGGACGCCACCAAUGCCUUCAAGCAGACAGCUUACGAGCUGCUGGAUGAGAAGCUGCUUACCAAGAGUAUGAUGCAGCCCUUUAACUACAUCACCCUCCAGUGCCUUGCUGCCCGUGCCCUGGACAAGCACAAGAUCCCUUAUAAGGGCUUCAUCCCUGAGGAGCUGGAGGCCUUCAUUGAACUUCAUUAGGGUGGGAGGACUGAAGUCACCAGCCUUUCCCACGAACCGGCUCGUCAUCCCUAAGAGGAAGGGAAAUCCAAGGUCUGGAGGCAGAUCCUUUCCCUGGGUGCUGGAAGCCUUCGUUGCACUGAGGCAGGCUGCAGCCAUUGUCCUUUCCCAUCAUGGAGCUUAUCCCUACAGGGGAAGGAAACUCAAGAGCUUGUCGCUGUGGCUGGCUUGCUUCCUCUUCAUCCCCAGGUGCCAGAAGCCUUCACUGAACCGAACCAAGAGGAAGCUGCAGCUGCUGCCUUUCCCCUUCGCCAACCGUCUCAUCCUCAAGGGAGAAGGCAAUUGGAGAUUUUUGUAGGAGAUUCCCCUGCAUCCUCCCACCUUUCCUCUUCCCAUAAGUGCUGGAUUAAUUCGGUCGUUAUGCUUUAGGGUUGCUACAGAUUCACAUACGUGCACCUCUCCUGUGCACCCUACCCCAAGGGACUUGACCCAAUAGUAAUGCAAGCAAAGGAAUAAAACAUCCACAUCUUCAGUUUAACCUAGUCCCUCUUUCCUUCCCUCAUUUGGCAUGUGAGCCUAAAAGCUGGGUGACUAGUGCCCAGCAGGGCUAGUUGCCAUUUGCACAACUUCCCAGCCAGGUGUGAUGAUUUCCACCCCCGGCCCCAGUAGCCAUGUAACAAGUGGUGCAAAAUUGUGAGAGUUUUUUGAUGGCUGUUUGCAAAGCUGGAUUUUCUUUUUUCCUGCCAGAGCCAGAGCCAGGCCCUGGCCGCUCUGCAAGAUUUCUCCAAUCCUGUACUUACAUCUCAAGGACAACCUUAGUCACAUGGUUUUGUCAGCAAACGCUGGCUUAUAUGAAGGAGGGGACUUCUAAUUUAAAAAAUCAAAUCAAAUCUGUAUGGCUUUGUGGCUGGCAAGAGCCUCGAUCUUACCAAUUUGGCACAGGCCAACCCCUGUGCCUACGUAGGCUUAGCCUGCAUGGGCUCAGUGGGGGUUGGCCCAUCUAGAAUGGUCUGCAGGCCAAAACCAUGUUACUUUAGCUGGUGCUUGAGAUCCCCUCUUUCAAGCCAUUCCAGGAUCAGAGAAUGUUUGCAGGGUGGGCUGAGCUUGGAGGUUUCUUUAAAGCAGGUGAGCAUUUGUUGCAGUGUGGGGUGGCCCAUGGCUGGAGGAAAGAGCAGGCAAGGAAUGUUAAUGAAGGAUGAUUUUUAUUUUAUUUUUAAAGGUUGAAUGGCACUGAUCCACUGGGCUUUGAAGUAGCCUGUUCUGAGAACCUCCCUUGAAAGGGCCACUGACGCUUGUUGUUGUUGGCUUUUGAUUCUUUCUGCAGCUAUACUAAGUAUGGUGCUAGUUUAAAGAUUGAAAUAAAAAUCUGUCUUCAUCUGGCUACUCUUGGGGUGAGCUGGUUUUUGUUUAAUUAGGACCUGGACAGAUGUUUACCUGUUCCCUCAGGGCAGGCAUUUGUCCACCUCAGCAGAACCUUGCUUUGUGUUGAGCAGUUGGUGCUGCCAAACAUGAUGCAGUCCCUGCAUUUUAUUUUGCCUCAGCAGGAAUGACUUUUAGCAGCCAGUGGCUCCUUUCUUGGCCCACUCAGAGCAAAAUGCAUAGCUAAGGAUGAAGCAGCUUUCAGGAAAAGUCAGGAUGAUCAGGAGAGCAGGACCCUGAUAAAUGCCCAUGCACUGUGAUCUAACGAAGCUGCUCGACUAGUAUUUACAGGCCAGCUAAACCAUAAACCUCAAUGAUCCAAUGUUCUCUGCCCUUUAAGGAUAUUGUAGAGCUGCCAUUUAGUUUUGCAGUGUUAACUAUUAAAUAAAUGUUUUAUUUAUGAGGCAAGAAGGUUUAACUCUUAUCAAGGUGUAAAGUGCAGGGUUAAUUUAGGUACAAUAUUUUUUUCCUCCUUGUGGCUGAUACGGAUUAAACUGCGCAAAUGACUUAACUUUGCGAGCCGAUGAGUGCUCCUAACUUUAAAUAAUAAAACAAAACAAAUGCUGAUGGAG